AUGCUGUCCCCAAUCGCCAACGAUGGACUCUCGUGCUGGCCCCCCAGGCCACACCCAGACCGGGAAAGGGCCCUGAGCACCCUCAGAUCCCCACUGACUGAACAGGAGCACCAGCUAAACCCAGCCGAAACGGGGUCCCCCCAGAGAACCCCCAAAGCCAAAAGGGCGACCGAAACGUCCAGCCAACCGACUCGAUGGUCGUGGGGCCCCCGAAUGUCGAAGGGAAGAUUCCCCCCGGCAAGUCCUGGUGCCAUAAAAGGUACCCCAAAGCCUACCCUUAUCUGGCACCUACGUCUGGGGAGGAAAAAGCAAAAGGUUCCCGACCUCCUAAAGGAGGAACUGCCCCCCACCCGAAACCGGAGAUCUCCGAAAAAAUGGGUUUCCCCCCAAGUAAAACAUGAAAGGGGAAACCACGGAAAAAAGGGUUCCCCAACAGCACCACAUGGUCCUCCCCAGAUCCAGAAGGUCAACCCCCCUCCCCACCUCAACCCAGGCUAUCCCCUCACAGGCAGAGCCUACCAGGCUGAUUCGUGCCACAACCGAAUCAGAAAAGCUGCCCCUGCCCAGAGCUCCCAAAAGGGCUCUCCACCCCCCAGUGGAGCCAGGGAUAGCCGACGCCGAAGGGACCCCUCAACAGUGAGUCUCACAAUGGGUUUCAACUCCGACUUAAACCGAUCGACGAUGCCCUCUGAUGGCACCGGGUGCGGCUGGCCAUCACUAGCCAACGUGCUUGAGACUUCCCCGAGAUCGCUCUCCUCAACACCAGGGCCAAACCCUUCGAGGGGGGGGUCCUAG